AUGCCUAUGCUUAUGCAAGUGUCUGCUGGCCUUUGGCUUAUCGCGGGAUUUUCGGCUCUGCCUCUGCCCAGCAGCGGCUUCUGGUGGCCCAAGGCGACAACCGAAACACCGCGCACUCAGGUGCUGCAGCAGAUUCCGCUCACCUACUUCCGCACCUACACCUAUCAGCCUCUGACGGGCGGCGCCUUUGGAGUGCCGCUCUUCGGCUUUGGUGCGGCACAGACGCCGCUGCUCUCUGGCCGCCACUAUGAUCCGUACGCGGUGACCAGCUAUGCGGCUGCCCGGCGCCACGAUGCGGCCGCAGCUGGCUUUAAGCCGGACGUAACGCCACCUGCUCUGGCGAGCAGCAACAGUGCGUCGAGCACAACGCCAGCGCCGACCACAACGACGACAACAACAACGACCCCGGCACCAACAACUACAACCACAACAACAACGACGACCAGCAGUACAACUAGUGCACCACCGACCAGCAGCACCACGGAAACAACAUCCCCGCUGCGCUACGCCGCCUACAAUGCCGAGUAUCCGACCUACAAUCGUCGGGUGAACAAUUUGUACAAUGCGCGGCCGCAAUAUCCGUAUCCGGAUUACUUUAACUAUCAGCCGCAGAACACGUUGCCGGAGAAGGGCGGCGCGCGCAUUCAGUUUGUGCCCUGCAUGUGUCCAGUCAGCAUGCCCAGCAUGUCGGGUAUGUCAGGUCUGGGACUAAACGGCGCCACCAGCACUGAUCGAGACCGGCCAACAGGCGUGUCCAUAAGCAGCACCUCUGGAGAUGUUUCGUCCGCGGAGCGCAACAUUGUUGCCUUGCAGGCGCGCCACAUCGAUAGUGGUGAAGCUGACUUCGAGGAGGAGGAAGAUGAGCAGGAGCAGGAGGAGGCAGAUGCGUCCGCUGAAGCGGAUGAGGCUGAUGUUGCCGUAGCUGUUCCCACAAAAGUCGCCCUUGAGCCGCAGCAUACCACGCCCGCCGUUGAGUCCAACAGUGUGGUCUAG